AUGACUGGAGGUGGAACUAACAUGGCAUAUCACGGUCUCAGUCAACAUGUCAAUUUCGAUGUGAUACCGGAUCCAGGCGAGCGUUUUCGAUUGGAAGAAUUGAUUGGCGAGGGUACUUAUGGUGAAGUGUACGCUGCUUACGAUAAAGAAACUGGCAACAAGGUAGCUAUCAAAAUAUUGGAGAAUGUUGCUGACAACAUCGAAGAGAUUGAAGAAGAAUAUUUGGUGCUAAGAGAUUUAAGUCAACACCCGAAUAUUCCUGUCUUUCACGGUUUAUUUUUAAAGCGAGCUAAGCCUAGUCAGGAAGAAGAUCAAUUAUGGUUUGUGAUGGAGUUGUGCACUGGAGGUUCCGUGACCGAUCUCGUGCAGGGUCUUAAAAAACGUGUCAGUCGUCUAACGGAUGACCAAAUAGCUUAUAUCUUGAAGGAGACCGUCGAAGCUCUGAUCUUUCUGCACAGUAAUCACUGUAUGCAUCGCGACGUAAAAGGUCAUAACAUCCUCCUCACGGAAGAAGCGCGUGUCAAAUUGGUCGAUUUUGGUGUAUCUUCACAUCUGGCUGCGACUCUCGCCAGGAAAAACACAUCUGUUGGAACGCCAUAUUGGAUGGCACCAGAGGUAAUAGCUUGUGAGCAGCAAUUGGAUUCAUCGUAUGAUUCGCGUUGCGAUGUCUGGUCGAUCGGCAUUACCGCUAUCGAGUUAACCGAGGGCGAUCCUCCCUUAUCGGAAUUGCAUCCCAUGCGGGCACUUUUUCAAAUUCCGAGAAAUCCUCCCCCUUCCUUGAAAAAUCCGGAUACAUAUUCGUCGGAACUGACGGAUUUUAUAGCCGAAUGCUUGGUGAAAGAUUUGGAGCAUCGGCCGUUUGCCGGUGAAUUGAGAGAACAUCCAUUAUUGACGAAGGUGGAACCAAUCGUAGAGAAAAUCAGAGAGCAAUUGAGAGAAGAGAUUCGUAGACAGAGAACAGAAGGUCGCGUUCAUCGGCAGCCGGAAGUAACUACAAAACAUGGUUUAUAUACCGGUAUCGAACAAAAACGGUACAAAGGACAAGCGAGAUCAGAUAAUCCUCCACACAUAUUUGCAGUCGCCGAUGCCGCGUAUCAAGCUCUACUUCAUCAACGUCAAAACCAAGCGAUAGUUAUCAGCGGUGAAUCAGGUGCCGGAAAGACGGAAAGCGCAAAUUUACUAUUGAAACAGCUCGUCUAUCUCAGCAAGGCACCGAAUCGUAACCUCGAGGAGAGAAUACUUCAAAUAAAUCCUAUAAUGGAAGCUUUCGGAAACGCCACGACUGGCAUCAAUGCGAAUUCUUCCAGAUUCGGAAAGUACCUGGAUCUAACAAUGACAAAAGGCGGAAAAGUGACUGGUGCGCGAAUUUCAGUAUACCUGUUGGAACAAUCACGAGUGAUUGCUCAAGCUGAGGGAGAAAGAAAUUUUCAUAUUUUUUAUUAUAUGUACGAUGGCUUGGAAGCGGAUGACCGCCUCUCGGAAUAUUACCUCGAUCCUACGCUUCGGAGAUAUCAUCGAUAUCUCACGCAUUACAGUCACACAUCGCAAACGCACAUUGACAAGUUCCAGCAGCUCAAAAUGGGUUUCAAGGUACUCGGAUUUCAGGAUAGCGAGGUAGACACGGUGUAUCGGGUUUUAGCCGCUAUUCUCCAUCUAGGUGACAUUGAAUUUGCCGAAGUGGCGACACAAGACAACACCGAUAAUAAAAGUAGAGUCAUCGACACUAUUCCAUUACAUAGAGUAUCGAAACUACUCGGCAUUGAACAGAAUGAUCUCCUAGAAGCCUUGACAUCGAACUCGGUGAUGACCAGAGGCGAGACAAUUACGCGGAACAAUACGGUAGCCGAAGCUCGUGCAGCUCGCGAUGCAAUGGCCAAGGGUCUCUAUGGCCGGCUCUUCGAUUGGAUGGUCAACCAGAUCAAUUGUUUACUGUGCUUCAGCCGUUCGCCGAAUUACGAGCCGCUAGCAAUCGGGCUACUCGAUAUCUUUGGCUUCGAAAACUUUCCCAGAAACUCGUUCGAACAGCUCUGCAUCAAUAUAGCUAACGAACAGAUACAGUAUUACUUCAACCAACACAUCUUCACUUGGGAGCAACAGGAAUACAUGGCCGAGGGAAUACCCGUGGAUCUCGUCGAGUUUUCCGACAACAGGCCGGUUCUCGAUAUGUUACUAAGCAAGCCCAUGGGACUUCUGGCGCUUCUCGAUGAGGAGAGUCGAUUUCCCAGAGCGACCAAUCGAUCUCUGAUCGAAAAAUUUCACAACAAUAUUAAAUCAAAAUUCUACGUACGCCCCAAAUCGGAUGCAGUGUGUUUCGCAAUAUAUCAUUUUGCUGGUCGUGUGGUCUAUCAAGCCGAAGGAUUUCUCGAAAAGAACAGAAACUUUCUGCCACCCGAAGUCAUUCAACUGGUACGACAAUCGCAGUACGACAUGGAACGUUAUUCUAGUCGAGGUUUAGCAUCACAAUCGAGAGCUCAGCAGACGGUAGCGACAUAUUUCCGGUAUUCUCUAAUGGAUCUAUUACAAAAAAUGGUGUCCGGUUCACCUCAGUUCGUUCGAUGUAUAAAACCAAACGAUUCGAAAAGUUCACGUUUCUUCGAUAAAGAGAAAGUUGUAAAACAAUUGAGGUAUACCGGUGUGCUCGAGACAAUACGUAUAAGACAAAAUGGAUUUUCUCAUAGGAUACCGUUCAACGAAUUUCUUAAGAGAUAUUGCUUCCUUGCUUUCGGCUAUGAUGAACGCGUAAUUGCCAAUCGAGAUAAUUGUCGGCUUCUUUUAUUACGAUUAAAAAUGGAUGGAUGGGCGUUAGGCAAGACAAAGGUUUUUUUGAAAUACUAUCACGUCGAAUUUCUCUCAAAAUUGUAUGAGGAACAAUUGAGAAAGAUAAUUAUAGUUCAAGCAUGUGUUCGAAGAUGGCUCGCAAAAUUAAGAUUUAAGAAGCAAAAAUGGCAAUUUGCUGUGUCAGUGGUCACAUUACAACGUCAUAUUCGAGGAUGGUUAUCCCGAAAACAGACAGAACAAAUGUUGGCUGAAAAACGUGCGAAAGAGGAAAACGAGACGCUUGAUUUUAUGUUGAAUGAGGUGAAACGUAGAGAGCAAGAAAAUAUAGAUGUAAAUAAUCGCGAAAAACGACAAAUACGUAGAAAUCUAGAAAAGAACAAUGCUGCAACUGUCAUACAAAGUCACUUCCGAGGUUACACUAUUCGUAAGCGGUUUGGAUACGAUUUAGAGGAGCGUUUCAAGAGGAUUUUGAACAAUUACGACAAUAUAUAUGAUGGCCACAAGGCACUGUUGCGCGAAGGAUUAAAGCACGAAGACGCAGCUCUUAUUGUUCAAAGAUGGUAUAAAAAAGAAGAAAUACUAGUCAGAAAAAAACCAGCCGUGAAAGAUCCUGUACAUCCUAAACUACGACAAGCAGAUCUAAUUCAAUUUUCUCAAAAUGUACAUAUGAAGAACCAGGAGGUACACAAAAAUCUCCGUCGCAACAAACCUGGUAUUAGAUUGAAUGAUAUCGAGGAACCGCCGCUCGAUUACGUACGUCCGCAAGGAUUUAAUAUGGUGCAGUCAAUAUUACAGUACCGCAGCGGAAUGCAGCCACAAGAGGAAGACAGUGUCAAAUAUUAUCAGGAUCUGAAGGAGGAGAUGAGCAGGAGUCAGAGGAGGAGUCAUAUUCUGGACGUAAGUGCCGAGAGGAGAGAUCGUACAGUUCAAAGCGAUUUCGUAGUGGCACCAGAGCAACAUCUAUCAAACAUUUGGCACAAAGCCCUGCGAUACCCCUCCGAUUUACGCAAAAACGAGAAUUCCAAAAAAAAUGUCAGUACAAGGGUUAAUAACCUGCGUAACGAGAACCUGCAAUCACACACGAACGGACAAUAUGCAAUCGGUUCUCCGAAUAUCCACGAUCCACCUGGCUUACGACUCACGAUCGAUGGCCGAUAUAAUGCCGUAAACGAACGUCAGAAUGUCUUUAAUGGACAGAAUCUUGUUAACAAUCACCACAAUUCCGUCGAUGAGUAUCACACAUCGAUUAAUGGUACAUCGAUCAACAAUCAUCAGACUCCUUGUAAAAUAAGUAACGACAUUGCAACGAGCCAGAUAAAAAUUUUAAAUACUGAACAAUCAGAGUUAAGUAACAAAUCAGAAAAGACAGAUCGAUCAAAUCAUAAGCAAAAUAGCUAUCCGAUAAAAAAUCAUCAGAAUAAUAUAGAUCAUAAGAAUGAUCUCAAUCGAUUAGCGAACGGAAAAGCGACGAAUCAGGAACAGUUUCAAAACGAUACUUUCAAUAUCACAACUAAUCUUAGACAACUUCUAAGGCCAACGGUGAUUGAGAAGCGGCGAGAGAGUACCAAGUCUGCAUAUGAUACGGAAGAUAUUAAUGGACCUUACAAUUUUAGGCAAUUGUUAAGACCAACCGAGUAUCUCCCGACCGAAUCUUUAAGGAAAAGGAAAGGCGGAACUGUUUCCAAUGGAGUGCCACUACCGAAGGAUAAGGCUCCGGAGAAACAUGUUAAGAGAAGAGCGCCAUUGGCGCCGACACAAAAUAAAUUGGUCAACGCAAACAAGUGA